GAAGAGCAGGUAAACAGUUGCGCAUAACGUCGUAAAUUUGGAGAUGAGCAGAUAUUUUUCAUCAUUUCAGCUUUUGUCAUUUUUGUUUUUAAUUGUCAUGGGUUGCAAAGGAAACAUAUGUCCCCAUUAAAGAUGGAUUACGAGCUGCUUAAUAACGACUGAUCGUCAGAGUUCUUCAUUCGUCUACUUGGGCUGCAAGAGACGGAGCUAGCGUUGCAUGCUAACUAGCUUGACUUGAGUUGACGUGGGCGUCGUGCUGCCACUCGUCUGUUUUCUCGCAGCGGUGUCGUAUCUGCUGUAACACAUGAGUGUAUCUCUGGUCGUCAUCCGUUUCGAAUUAGCGGACCAGUCUCCUUCUCCACAGGGUUUCCAGUAUUCUGCUGUGGAUGGUAUGUCUGAAGAGGAAAUGCAGGAGAAAGCUCUGGGCUUGGCCAAGCUCUCUCUUAGUGGGAGGACAGAUCUCGAAAGAACAGCUGUCUUACACCAACAUAUCGGCAGCAGAGCCAUGGGUGACGUGGUCAUCGAGACUUUUGAACCCAACAGAGAAAUAAGAGCAGGUGAGGACACUGGUGGUUUGGGAGAAAACAGGGAGUCCCAGGUCACAAAGACUGAAGCAGGAAGUAAGGAACUUAGUGAAGGUCCACAGAGUAGCAGUACAGAGAUGAGCACAACUCCAGACUCACCCUCUAAGCAACUUCCAGACCAGAUUUCCUUCUUCAGUGGAAAUCCCUCCGUGGAAAUUGUCCAUGGUAUCAUGCACCUCUACAAAACAAAUAAAAUGACAUCACUGAUUGAGGAUGUUAGACGUAGUGCUAUGCUAUGCAUCCUGACUGUCCCAGCUACCAUGACAAGCCAUGACCUCAUGAAGCUUGUGGCACCCUUUAAUGAUGUCAUGGAGCACAUGAAAAUUAUACGGGACUCCACUCCUAACCAAUAUAUGGUGCUGAUUAAGUUCAAUACUCAGGCAGAUGCAGACAGCUUCUACACAGCAUGUAAUGGCCACCAGUUCAACUCCAUAGAGGAAGCAGUCUGCCAGCUGGUUUAUGUGGAGAGGGCUGAAGUCAUCAAAUCUGAGCAGGGAGCCAGUCUUCCUGUAAUGGAGUUAACGGAGUUGCCUAAGUGCACCGUGUGCCUGGAGAGAAUGGAUGAGUCAGUUAAUGGAGUUCUCACCACCCUCUGCAACCACAGCUUUCACAGCCAGUGUCUCCAGCGUUGGGAAGAUGCCUCGUGUCCUGUGUGCAGGUACUGUCAAACACCAGAGCCUGUUGAAGAGAACAAGUGCUUUGAGUGUGGCGUGCAGGAGAACCUGUGGAUUUGUCUGAUCUGUGGGCACAUUGGUUGUGGUCGCUACAUCAGCCGCCAUGCCUACAAGCACUUUGAGGAAACACAGCAUACUUAUGCCAUGCAGCUCACGAACCACCGUGUCUGGGACUAUGCUGGAGAUAACUAUGUCCAUCGGCUGGUGGCCAGUAAGACAGAUGGGAAGAUGGUGCAAUAUGAAUGUGAAGGAGACACUUGCCAAGCUGAAAAGAUAGAUGCGCUGCAACUAGAGUACUCCUACUUACUGACGAGUCAGCUGGAAUCCCAAAGAAUCUACUGGGAAAAUAAGAUCGUUCAUCUGGAGAAAGACACAGCUGAGGAGAUAAACAACAUGAAGGCUAAGUUUAAGGAGACCCUCGAGCGCUGUGAUAAUUUGGAGCGACGGCUGGGAGAGCUAUCCAAAGAGAAACUGGUCAUAGAGAAAAAAUGUACCCAGUUGAACAGUCGUGUCGUGAAGCUGAACCAGGAGCUUCAGGAGGAACAGGAGAUGAACCGCUGUCUGAGAGCCAAUCAGGUUCAGCUACAAGUCCAGCUGACAGAGGAGGAACGCAAGGCAAGAGAAAACGUGGUGCGGAAGGAUGGGACAAUUGCGGAUCUGCAAGAGCAGCUAAGAGAUGUGAUGUUUUAUUUGGAGACCCAGCAGCAGAUUGAACACCUGCCUCCAGAGGCUCGCAGUGAAAUCCAGGAGGGACAUAUAAAUAUCGCUGCCAGCCCCACAGACCACACUUUGGGGAUUGCAGGAGCAGGCCCGUCUGGCAGAGGCAGGAGAGGCCGGGCCAAGAGGAGGAAAUAGGGGAGGAUCAUACACUGAAAAUGUCUGCUGAAAUAAUGAGUGUUAGAUGUGGAACAACUUUAAGCACACUUAGGAUCAGAAAAGGGAGUGCCAAGACUGAUUGACACAUGCAUAUUCAAGACUUUGUAGCCAUGUCGUUAAAGCUCAGCAAACUAAACUGCUGCUUGUAGUGUUGUUUCCAGUCAUGUGUUGAGUUUCAAGUUAAUUUAUUGUUUGCAGCAGUUACACAUAGUGCUGCCAGCCCAUUGAAAUGCUUAAAAAGUAGGAGAGGCUGUUCUGUGGUCCAGGAGAAGUCCUGUAGCUGGAUGGCGAUGUUAGGAAUGUAUCAGAUGAAGUUACAGUGACAACAAACACUGCAAACUUAUUUCCCAGUUUGCACAACUUGUGUCGUUGUGUCCAGAUGAACCGAUUCAACUUGUUUGAAGUACAGUCAUGCUUUCUCCAAAUCAGGAACAUGGCAAAGAUUA